AUGUUGAAAAGCUUCAAUGGAAGUUGAAGACAAAACACCAAUCAUCCACCCAACUCUAUCAUGUGCUAUCAUUAAUCAAGUAUAAAUAAGUGGUGAACUACAAGAUUACUUUGUAAAUCGUUCUUCUUCUUCUUGAUCAAUGCCUUCACCAUCAUCCUCAUCACCAUUGCCGGAAAAUGAUGUCAGAAAAGCCCUUGAUCACCACUCUCCACCACCAUCACUGCAAUCGAAAUCUGGCCAACGAAAGCCAGGUGGCUGGAAGUCCAUGCCUUAUGUACUAGGAAUGGAGUCAUUUGAGAGGUUGGCAACAAUCGGGUUAUUAGCAAACUUUACAGUGUUUUUAAUGACUGUUUUUCACAUGACUCAAGUAUCAUCAUCAUAUUUGAUAUAUAUUUGGUCUGGAAUUGGCAAUUUUGCUCCUCUCAUCGGAGCCUAUAUCUCUGAUGCACACGUCGGAAAGUUUUGGGUCAUUGCUUUCGCUUCCUUUGCUUCGCUUAUCGGAAUGGUGAUUUUGACCCUAAUAGUGGCUAUACCAGGCUUACACCCACCUCCAUGCACCCAUCAACAAGCCCAGCUCAACCAGUGCCAGGGUCCAACCAAGGUCCACAUGGGUGUCCUGGUCCUAGCCUUGGGGUUCCUAACCAUAGGGUCAGGUGGGAUAAGACCAUGCAGCCUACCCUUUGGUGUGGAUCAAUUUGACCCAACCACUGAUGAAGGUAAAAAGGGGAUCAAUAGCUUCUUCAAUUGGUACUACACCACUUUCACUAUCAUUUUGCUCAUUGCUUUGACCCUUGUGGUCUACAUCCAAGAUCAAGUGAGUUGGUUUUGGGGGUUCACCAUCCCAACCUUCCUCAUGGUGUGCUCCAUUGUGCUAUAUUUUGUGGGUACUAAGAUGUAUGUUUAUGUCAAACCCGAGGGAAGUAUUAUGUCUGGGAUCCUUCAAGCUUUUGUCGUUGCUUUCAAGAAACGCAAACUCAAGCUUCCUAAAGCCAAUGAGAUUGUGGCCGAGGUCAAAUUUUAUAACCCUCGGUCAAAGGGAGCGUAUGAUGUACCAAAUCUACCUUUUACCAACCAAUUCAGGUUUUUGAACAAAGCUGCUAUCAUAUUGGAUGGUGAAAUUACAUCAGAUGGUUCUCGAAUUAGCCCGUGGAGAUUAGCAAGCGUUCAACAAAUCGAAGAAGUGAAAUGCUUGCUCAAAGUAAUCCCGAUUUUAGUUUCGGGUAUCAUUUGUUUCAUCUCGAUAGGUCAACAAGGGACAUUCACAAUAUCACAAGCACUAAAAAUGGACCGACACCUCGGUCCACAUUUUCAAAUCCCACCGGGCUCGCUUGCAGUCGUUUCCAUGAUAACAAUCGGUAUAUGGCUCCCAUUCUACGAUCGUAUCCUUGUACCAUCACUUAGAAAAAUCACAAAAAUCGAGACUGGAAUCACACUCCUCCAAAGAAUCGGAAUCGGCAUUGUAUUCUCAAUUUCAUCAAUGGUAGUUGCGGCAAUGGUUGAGAAAAUGAGACGGGACUCAGCCACUAGCCACAACCAACCUGAUGGGGUUGCGCCCUUAUCUGUCUUGUGGCUCACCCCACAACUCAUUUUAAUGGGGUUUGCAGAAGCAUUCGGUAUUCUUGGUCAAAUCGAGUUUUUCUACAAGGAAUUCCCUGAAAACAUGAAAAGUUUUGCGAAUUCGAUGUUUUUUGUGGUGAUUGGUAUGUCGAGUUAUGCUAGUGGUGCGUUGGUGAUGAUCGUUCAUAAAGUCACCGGGAAAAAUGGUCGACCGGAUUGGUUAACAAAGAAUAUCAAUGAAGGAAGGGUCGAUUAUUUUUAUUAUGUGAUAGUUGGACUUGGAGUUGUAAACAUGGUUUACUUUUUAGUAGUGGCUAAUCGAUACCAGUACAAGAGCAAGAUGGAAGCCAUCGAAUGUGAAUCACAAAUUGAUGUAGAGUUAAAUUGUAUCAAGACUUGAUAUAUGAUCAGUUUCUAUUAGUUGAAUGAUCAAAUCUAAUGAUGUCGAUCGGUACAUAAUUAAUUUGUAAAUUAUUCACCAAU